AUGGCUUCGGCUGGCCAUGAUUCGAGAUAUCUCAUAACAAGAACCAAAGCGGAAAGCGACCGACUGGAUAUGCAACAUCAGGCCUGCCAUGAGAAUAUGGGAUUUCUGCUACACCCUGACAUUCCCCAACGUGAUAAUAUGCGUAUCGCCGAUGUCGGAACAGGAACAGGCAUAUGGUUACGGGACCUUGCAAGGCUACUGCCGAAAAGUUGUAGGCUUGACGGAUUCGAUAUCUCGCUUGCCCAGGUUCCGGAUAGAGACGUAUUCCCAUCAAAUAUUAACUACUAUGUCCAGGAUAUCUUGGAACCCUUUCCAGAUAAUUUUCUGGGACAGUAUGAUGUUGUCCAUGUCAAACUGCUGGUCAUGGGUCUGAAAGUUAAUGAGUGGGAAUUGGCUAUCCGGAACCUUAAAAAGCUUCUUCGACCGGGAGGCUUUUUGCAAUGGACUGAUAUUGCCAUACAUAAAGGCACCAUCAUACCUGGCAAGCCCGGCUGUAACGUGGAAGAUGCGGAUAAAUUCUUUAAGCACAUAACCAAGACUGCGAGUAUUCAUGGUGAAUCGGGACAAAGCGUGACUGAGCUCUACUCCAAUUUCAAAAUAUGCGGUCUCAGAGAAUGCAAGGAAAAUAUCAUCCCCUUGGAUAAACCUGAAUGGAGAGACAUCAUGAACAUGGCUACCGUUAAGGUUGCUGAGCAUGUACUCCAUGCUUCCCUUGAAGCUGACAAAGACGGGCGUGCCCUUUCUCUAGAUCAAAUUGCGAUUCAGAAAGAAGCUGCGGUAAAGAAUCUCGAGGAGACAAAGUCUUGGAUGUUGUAUGAAUUGUAUGUGGUUAUUGGGAGGGAGUAG